AUGGGCGCCACCCCGUUCCACCGAUCUAUCCUCGAGGUCCGGCUGCCGAAACACUUCGACAAGCCAACGGACAUGAGGUACGACGGAACUCAAGACCCUCUAGAACACCUCACGGCCUUUGAGGCCAGGAUGAAUCUAGAGGGAGUAGGCGACGAAGUAAGAUGCCGCGCCUUCCCGGUGACCCUAGCAGGACCAGCGAUCAGAUGGUUUAACGGCCUCCCUCAAGGUUCCAUCUACAAUUUCUCAGACAUCAGCCGCGCAUUCCUGGCUCAAUUUACAACGCGAAUAGCAAAGGCCAAGCAUCCUAUCAACCUUCUCGGGCCGGUUUGGACAAUGCAUGAAAUCCAAACGGUGGCCAAAGAGUACAUAAACGACGAGGAAGUCAGCCGAGUAGUGGCUGCCAAUAAGCGUCAGUCCGGUUACGGCCAGGCUCGUCAGUCCGGUGGCGAUGGGGAGAGAGCGAAAGAAAAGGCUAGGGAGGAGGCAUCAAACAAAGCACCUAGGCCGUUUCCUCGAGUCGGGAAGUUUACUAACUACACUCCCCUCACCCUCCCCAUCGUGGAGGUCUAUCAACAAAUAGCUGAAAAGGGAAUUCUUCCGAAGCCCCGACCACUCAAGGACUGCACGGGUGGAAACAAGAACCUUUAUUGCGAUUACCAUAAGGGAUAUGGCCACCAAACACAGGACUGUUUCGACCUGAAGGAUGCAUUAGAACAAGCGAUAAGGGAAGGAAAGCUAGCAGCGUUCUCCCAUCUCAUCAGGGAGCCGAGAAGGCGCUAUCGUGAGCAAGACGAGGAAGGCAAGACACGCUCGACCAAGCGGCGACAGGAGCCCGAAGACGGAGACCACGGCCUCACUGUAAUAAACGUGGUAACGGCAAAAAACACUGCACCGAAGUCCCGGUCGGCACACAAGAAAGACGCCAAGGUUCUGGCGAUCUCAUCUCCACCGGUGCAGAGUACCAAAAAACCUCCGUCCAUUUCUUUUGGCCCAGAAGACCAAUGGUUCAGCGACGCCCCGGAAAACCCUCCCAUGGUCAUAACGGCCAGAGAUGCCGACCUGACGACUCACCAGCACGGGGUUAUCGGGUUAGGCGACCACUUCAUCAAACCAGACGGAGUCAUUUCACUACCAAUCUCGGUGGGACAGAUGCAAGGCCGAAGAUCGGCGAUGGCCGAGUUCGUAAUCCUCCGAGACUCCACAGCCUACAACAUCAUCUUGGGAAGAAAAACAAUCAAUGAUUUUGAAGCCAUAAUCAAUACCAAGUUGCUAGUCAUGAAGUUUGUCACCGAUGAUGGAUCCAUAGGGACCAUAAGAGGAGACCUCGAGACGGCGGUCGCUUGUGACAACGCCAGCCUUUCCCUCAGAAAGAAGUCCAAGGAAGCAUCUGGCGUAUUCCUAGCCGACCUUGACGCCAGAGUUGAGGACAAGCCGAGGCCGGAACCAGAAGGGGACCUGGAAAAAUUUAGCAUCAAUGACGAAGGGGAAAAGUUCACUUUCGUUAACAAGAACCUCCCACAUGAGCUGAAGGAGCCUUUGAUUGAAAUGAUAAGAGCCAACAGGGACUUGUUCGCAUGGACACCAGCCGACAUGCCGGGCAUAGAUCCACAAAUCAUCUCACAUCAUCUAGCCGUCAAGCCGGAAGCACGCCCAGUGGCUCAACGGAGAAGAAAAAUGUCGGCGGAAAGAGCAGAGGAGGUAGCCAAACAAACGGCCGGCCUCCUAGAAGCAGGCUUCAUACGAGAAGUGGACUACUCGACGUGGCUCUCAAAUGUGAUGCACUCGUCGACGCUGCGGCGGGGUACCGGUAUCUGA